AUGGGUAUUUGGGAACGAGAACUAGACAAGCUUAAUGAUGAAUUGGAACAAUGUAUUGACCAACUCAAAGAAGGCAAAUUAAUUUGGAAAGCAUCCAAAGCAAGACAAACUAUUGGAAAAAUUGCUAGUAUUAGACAUUCUGUUAAUUCUUCUGAAUUGCUUAAUAAAGAUAUUUAUUGGGAUUUACUUGAUAUAGAGCGUGUAUACGAAUCUCUUGCAAAACAACUUAAACUUGCAAGUCGUCAACGAGAUUUAAACAAAAGAAUAGAUUAUUGUGAAUAUUUUGUAAAAACAAUACAUGAAAUGCUUGAUCAAAAACAUGUAAAAAAUUAA